CUUCUGUAGUAGGCGCAAUGGCAGACGUACUCGGUUAUGUUUACGCGGCGACGGUGAUGGUUGGAGGGAUUAUUGGCUAUGUCAAAGCUGGCAGUGCCAUUUCACUUGGAAUGGGUCUACUCUUUGGGACCGUUCUAUUAUUUGGAGCAUAUCAGACAUCACAAAAUGCUGGAAAUGUCUUGGUAGCUCUAGUGUGUUCUGGCAUUUUGGCUGGUGUCAUGGGACCAAGGUUUGUAAGGUCAUGGAAAUUUAUGCCGGCUGGCUUGAUGACUAUUCUCAGCGUGUUGAACGCGGUGAGGCUAGCCUACGUUCUGAUAUCUGCAAAUCGUCAGUGAAGGUCAUCUUGAUGUGAUUACAGACAGGAUUCAACCACAGCCGGACUACGGAUAUUGCGCCUUAACUUGUCCUGUUCCAAAUAUAUGCCCCUACGGAUUUUACACCAGUAUAUAAUAGGCAACUGGCAACUGACAAUGGCACAGCAGUGAGGGGUAGAAAGGGGGUGAUGGAUUAUUACAAUUUUCUAUUCAAAUGCCAGCAUUAAUCAUCAGAUAUAUCAGGUGGUAAUCAUUUAAUCAGUCAUAAUUUAUGGUUCAUCAGAAUUUAUCCAAUUCUAGAGAUUUAGCUUCGGUGUAGGGAUGUAUCAUGUAAUCACUUCAUUUCUAAUCAUCAUUACCUGUGUUGGUUUUGGUCCGAGUUAUACAAGAAUUUGUCACAGUAUUGGGGGAAUUAUUAAUGGCACAUAAGGGUGGAUAGAAAAUAGGUGUAGGUGGCAUGUAACGGUUACUUGUGAAAGAGUGUAAGCAUUGAAUGUUUUAGUAUUCCUAAUUGAUCAUGAUCCUGAUUGAUCGCUGUGAUAACAUUAGUUUUGCUUUUUUGUUUAUCCAUAUACCGUUAAAAAAAUCAAUUGCAUAACUAUAAUUAAGAUGGGAAUUAUCCAUUGAUAGUUAAUAAUAAUAAAAUACAUUUAUAUAUUUUGUAUAGUA